AUCCGCGAAGGGUGUUGGACGCGAGAGAGAAAAGCUAGAGUCGGGGAGAGAAACGGGUCCUCUCUCGGUCCUCGUUGUGGGAAACCGGCAUCACGAUCGUGAUGUCGUUUGCCGUGACUCGCGCGACGCAUUUCCCGGCCGAACGUUCGAAUUGGGGUUUCUCUAGGGGGACCGCGUUGCCGGACGAUUAAAGGCUGUUCCUUCGAUGUGCGGCGGCGUGCGAAGCGACUUCCAAGUUAGAAUUCUGAACGAUUGGAACGACGGUAUCGAACAUGUCUCCUCCAACGUACAACGACCUGGGAAAGAGCGCUCGCGAUGUGUUCGGUCAAGGCUAUCACUUUGGUCUGUUUAAACUGGAUGUGAAGACCAAGACCAAUUCAGACGUAGAGUUCUGCUGCGGUGGUGUAUCCAAUCAGGACACGGGAAAAGUGUUUGGUAACUUGGAAACCAAGUACAAGUUCAAGGAACAUGGACUGACGUUUAGUGAGAAGUGGAAUACUGACAAUACCCUUGGGACUGAGGUCACUCUUGCCAAUAAGUUGCUCAAUGGUCUCACGGUUGGUUACAGCUGUACCUUUUCCCCACAAACUGGCUCAAAAACUGGAAAACUGAAGACAACUUAUAAGCAUGAAAGUGUAUCUGCAAAUGCUGAUUUUGAUCUUAGUUUGUCCGCUGGACCUUUAAUUUAUGCCUCGGCUGUCGUGGGUUAUCAAGGCUGGCUGGCUGGCUAUCAAGCAUCUUUUGAUUCACAGAGGAACAAACUUACAAGGAACAACUUUGCUCUUGGCUUUACGGCUUCUGAUUUUACUCUUCACAGCGCCGUGGAUAACGGCCGCGAAUUUAAUAGCUCCAUUUACCAUAAAAUAAAACCGGAAUUGGAGGGAGCAAUUAAUUUGGCGUAUAAUUCCAGUAAUAACGUAACACAAUUUGGUAUUGGUGCAAAGUAUAAUCUUGACAAUGAUGCUAGCAUUAGAGCCAAAGUGAAUUCUAAUCUUCAAAUAGGUUUGGGAUAUCAACAGAAACUACGGGAUGGUGUAACUUUGACUCUUUCUACCAAUAUUGACGGGAAGAACUUUGGUUCUGGUGGCCACAAGUAUGGCGUUGCAUUAGAUCUUCAGGCUUAAAUACGUAUCAUAUAAAGAGUAAUGCUAUUACGAAAAAGCAAAAUUUUAUCCCAUACGAAUAAAUAUUUUGUGACCUUUGUGUCACAAGAUCGGCGUGACAGUACAUGCUUCAAAUAAAGUAUUAUCUAUAUGUAGAUAGUUUAAUCCUUGACUAGAUGCCACAUCAAAAUAUCAUUGGAAAUUAGUUAACAAGCACAUUAGUCUAUAUUAUACACAAUCAUGACCAUGAAUCAACAAUAUUUCUUGUGAACAAUAUAAAAUCGCAAUUACGCGUAUAAGUUUGUACUGUUAGUCGUAUUAAAGUUCCAUACGUAAUUUUUUUGUCAGUUCCUGUCGACUGAAAUUCUUUCCAUAAAAAUCGGAAUAAUAUGCUGGAGUAAGAUAAAAUGGAGGGGCGGGAGGGAAGAAAAAGAGAAAAGGCAAUAGCAAAAUCAACAUUAAUAAAAACAUAAUAGAUAAGAUAUUUACAACAUGAAAAAAUCUUGUCAGUUUAUUUUACAGUAUAAAUAUCCAUAUGAAGAAUAUUUUUGUAUCGUGCUUCGUAUUCGAUUAUUAUUAUAUAUUACUACAUGUGUGAAUAUUAUAAUUUUCAAGUAAUGCAAAAUAUUUUUAUGGAACGUUAAUCAAUAAUCAACAUUGUUUCAAUUAGGUAUCGAACUUUGUAAAUCACAAAUUUUAUCUCUUGCUGGAUAGGACCAGAUUAGGAUGUAUGAUGCAUAUUUUUAUGCAACCAAAUAGUGUUAAUAAUAUGAUUGAUUGAUAGUAAAUGUAUUUUCAUUAUUUCUGUUUAACACACAUCGUCAUACAUAAUAUAAAAAAUAAAUUAUGAUGCCUUCUCGAAUAUAAAUAAUGCAACUCUAUGAACUUGUAUAGAUUACAAUGUUAGAAACUACUAUUCUCUUAUUAUAAAGAACAGGUGUUUUCGCAUCUGUUUCUUGUUAAGAAAUAUACUGCCAGUUUGGCUAAA